UAUCGGCCUCCUCAGUGUCAGGCGGGUUUGUAACGUUAAUUUAACUGACACCGGCGACAACAAACAUUUUAACCCAGGAUUUUUUCCUUUACCUGUGAUAAAAUGACGGAUGUUAUUCCAGACGAAGCUUCUUAUUAACGUAUGUCAAUGUGGACUGACACGGUAAUGUUGCCUCCCUCGGAGAAACUGCCUGUUCUCACGGAGUUUUCGGCAUGUCAGGGGUGAAGACACAUCUGCCACAAGUUUCAUUGUCUGUUUUAAAAGUCAGCAUUUCGUUACCUUGCAGUCAAGAUUUCCCACACAGAUUUUCAAAUGAAAAUGGAGGAUAUGCCCCUGUCAGGCCCAGACAACACCAGGCUGGAGGCCUUGGCCCAUGACAUCUACUCUGAGCUGGUGGAAGAUGCCUGUUUGGGCCUGUGUUUUGAAGUCCAUCGUGCUGUGAAACAGGGCUACUUCUUCUUGGAUGAAACAGACCAAGAGAGCAUGAAGGAGUUCGAAAUCAUAGACCAGCCAGGAGUGGACAUAUUUGGCCAAGUGUACAAUCAGUGGAAAAACAAAGAGUGUGAGUGCCCAAACUGCAAAAGACUGAUAGCAGCUUCUCGCUUUGCCCCGCACUUGGAGAAGUGUCUCGGCAUGGGACGCAACAGCAGUCGCAUUGCCAAUCGCAGGCUAGCCAGCAAUAACAACAUGAGCAAAUCAGAGAGUGAUCAGGAAGACAAUGAUGACCUCAAUGAUAACGACUGGUCCUACGGGGCAGAAAAGAAAGCCAAGAAGAGAAAGUCAGAUAAGAGUCAAAAUUCUCCAAGAAGAUCCAAAUCUUUAAAACACAAAAAUGGUGAACUUGGGAGCAGCAUCAGUUUAGAGCCUUACAAGUAUAACUAUAAUACUGGCAUCAGUUAUGAAAGUUUAGGCCCGGAUGAAGUCAGAUCCCUUUUAACAACGCAAUGUGGGGUGAUCUCUGAGCACACCAAGAAGAUGUGUACCAGGUCUCAGCGAUGUCCCCAGCACACGGACGAACAGAGGAGGGCCGUCAGGGUCUUCCUACUGGGGCCGUCCGCGCCGUCGCUGCUCGAUGCAGACGCUGUGGUUGAGAGCGACAAUUUUGACAUUCCAGAUGGACAGACACUGAUGAGCCGCCUGCAGUGGGAGGACUCACCUGAUAUUUCACCCACUGACUCUGCCUCAUCCAAAGCCAGCACCAACCAUUCAGAUUCCAGGAGGCCUAAGAAGAAGAAGAGGACGUCUCUCGGUUUGAACAGUGGAGGAGGAGGAAGUGGAGGAGGCAGUCUGACUGGAGGCAGCAGCAGCAGCAGCUCUCAGAGUAAUAUCAGCUUAUCGACCAAAAAAAAGAGGCCUAAACUCUCAGCACUUUCUAUUUCCAGUAUCUAUGAUGACUUAAACUAGCGUGUGUCAGCCCUGUGUGUCAGUCCCUCUGUUCAUACCUGCAUUUACAGGCCUGGACAGUGUGGGACGAAACUUGACUUAGUAGUUCUUACUCAUACAGCCUUGACAAGAAAGUGAAUUAUAUUAACAUUGCUCCUUCUGUAGUGUGAACACAGUGUUUAAAAUGAUGUGGUUCAGAGUCCAGUCAGAGUAUCUGGGGGAACUCAUUGGAAAAAUUGCACCUCAAAGCAGACUUUACCUUCUGCUUAUUCCAGUAAUGUCCGACAGUUUGACUGACACAGAAAGCUACUGUCACCCUAAGAUAGGAGGCAGUGUCUUGACAGCGUUGCGUCCUCAUGAAGCCUCCAGCAGUGAAUCAGAUAUUGUAUCUAUGUGCCGAUGAAGUCACCUUAGUUGCCGUCAUUGUGUCCAAGCAGGUAUUUCAAUUUACACUGUCGCAUUAUACAUCCAAAGGCAUGUGUGCACACGAACAUUACACCCAUCCGGUAUGUGAUUGUUGAAUAUGUCAUUCCCAUUUAGCCUUAGUGAGGUCGGCCACUGAUGUUGGGUGAUCAGGUCUGGCCCACAGUCAGUGUUCCAGUUUAUCCCAGAGGUAUUGGAUUGUGUUUAUGGUCUGGCACCUGGCCCCUACCUAUUUUCAAAGCACUGUCCUCACUCAGUGCCAUGCCUAGGCAUGUCUCUAAUAUUACAAAAUUAGAAACUAUAGGCAGCAGGCAGUGUCUGUGCAGAUAAAUACACCGCCAUAAGUGGGAUUUAUACUUGUGCGGUACACCCUACGCUGUAGCUACGCUGUUGUGGGCAUCUAUACUUGUGCGGUGGUGUGUUUGUGUCACUCUGCAGUUACACCUCCAAAACACUAGUCUGCAGCUGGGUUUCUGUGAAUUGCUGUAAAGUUUAGUUGAUUCAAAACACACAUUAAACACACAUUAAACAUGGCUUAAUAGAGACAAUUUCAA